AGUGCAACAGCAAACGAUCAUCCUGCUAAUCAGUCGUAUUAGUCGGGGCAAUGCGUUCAGUCGCGUUUACACAAUUGCACGUUGAUCACGUUUUAGCGCGCGAAUUCAAAGCGAAUUUCUAUGUACCACUGAGUGAAGUCUGGCAAAAUUUAGGGUCAGUGACAUCGGAAUGAUUUUGGGUGUGUGCGUAGCUCUUGGGGCCAUUGCCCUCACUGUUUACCUGUAUCGGAAAUUCUUCGGGGCACUUUACUACGCUGCCAAAAUCGGCGGUCCCCCAGGCUAUCCGCUGCUCGGUAAUGCGCUUCUAUUCAUCAACAAACCGCCACCCGAAUUCUUUCUCACGCUCCAGAACACAAUUCAAGAGUCGGGAAAAUGUUUUCGUCUCUGGCUGGGACCGGAACUGUUGAUCGUCGUCACCGAUGCCAAGGUCGCUGAGGCAAUUCUGAGCAGUCCAAAAUAUAUCGAAAAAUCGGGCGAAUAUGACUUUCUUCGCCCCUGGUUGGGCGAUGGCCUACUGACCAGCAGCAAUCGGAAAUGGUUUGCCAAUCGGAAAAUCAUUACACCGACUUUUCACUUCAAAAUUUUGGAACAGUUUGUGGAAAUUUUCGACCAGCAGAGUAACAUUUUUGUCGAUCAGCUGCUACCGAAGGCAGAAACUGGCGAGUGCUUUGACGUUUUCCCGCUGGUCACUUUGUGCGCGUUGGAUGUCAUCUGUGAAUCAGCUAUGGGAACUACGGUGAACGCUCAGAUACUGUCUGAUUCGGAAUACGUCAGGGCAGUUAAGGAAAUAACCUACAUCAUACAUCUACGAACGUACGAUGUGAUGAACCGUUACAACGUGCUGUUCAGCUUAUCCUCUUAUCGGCGUAGACAGGAUAAAGCACUGAAGAUCCUGCACGGAUACACCAACAGUGUGAUCCAGUCACGACGACAAGCUCUUGCCCAACGGAACUCCGGUAAAGCAAUGUUGGAGCGUCAAGAAAGUGAUAUUGGACUGCGUAAAAAGGUAGCAUUUCUCGAUAUGCUUCUGCAGGCUACCGUCGAUGGACGACCACUGACGGACGAGGAAAUCCGUGAGGAAGUCGAUACUUUCAUGUUCGAAGGUCACGAUACGACUACGUCUGCUAUCAGUUUCCUACUGUAUCGAUUGGCAAAACAUCCCGAUAUUCAACGCAAGGUGUAUGAUGAAAUUAUAUCCGUGGUUGGAGAAGAUCGUACACUUCCAGUGAAUCUGUCACAAUUGAACGAAUUCCACUAUCUGGAUUUAGUGAUUAAAGAAACACUUCGCAUGUAUCCUUCCGUACCUUUCUUUGGAAGGAAGAUUACAGAAAACAGUGAAAUAGCGAACAUAACUUUCCCAGCUGGAGCAAAUAUAAUCAUUAUGCCUUUCUUCAUGGGUCGUGACCCGGAUUAUUUCGAUGAUCCACUGCACUUUCGACCGGAACGGUUUGCCUCGGAAAUGUCAGCGGAGAAAAGUAAUCCGUAUCGGUAUGUCCCGUUCAGCGCCGGACCACGGAAUUGUAUUGGACAAAAGUUCGCUCUGGCAGAGAUAAAAAGCUUAACAAGCAAAAUCUUGAGACACUAUGAAAUUCUACCACCGCAGCAGGACCAACAUCAGGAGGAAUCAUUUAUUGCAGAAGUGAUACUGCGGCCUACGCACGGUAUUCCGAUUCGAUUGCAGAAGCGACAGUGACAUUAGUCUUACGUUACUUAUGUUUGGUUAUGUUUAAAAAUGUGAAAAUCAUAAAACAUCAAUAUCUCAGAAACUACACAACCGAUUUGAACAAAAUUGGUCUCAAAAAACGGGCUACCUAGAAAACCCUUAAGUUUUGAAUUUCAUAAAAAUUGAACAUGUGGUUCAAAAGUUAUGAAAAGAAACGUGUUCUGAAGACUGUUUAAUCUCACUCAUGUUUCUCAGAGAUGGCUGUACCGAUUUUCAUAAAAUCAGUGUUAAACGGAAGGUCUAAUUGCCCCAUAAGAACCUAUUGAUUUGUUUUGCAAUCGGACUAUUACUUUGCCUGUUAUGUUUAAAAAUGUGAAAUCCAGCUAUGCAAAGGAACAUAUUCCGAAGACUACUUGGACUCACUCACUUUUCUCAGAGAUGGCUGACCCGAUUUUUACAAAAGUAGUGUCAAAUGAAUGGUCUAGCUGCCUCAGAAGACCCUAUUGAAUUUUACUGUAAUCGAACUGUAACUUCAUUUAUAAUGUGCCGACUUGUGCAAAUCACGAAACUUCAUUAUCUCAGAAACUACACAACCGAAUUGAACAAUAUUGAUAUCAGAUGAACGGGCUAGUUAAGGGUUAACUGAUGAAUUAUGAUUGAACACGUGGUUUCAAAGUUUGGCUACCCUACACGUUCCCAUUUCAUUUGAUUAUAAUCGAACUUAAGCAACCGUUAUGUAUUAAAUUGUUAAUAAAACAACGAAAGUCUAUUAUCUCAAAGAUUACAUGACUUAUUUGAACAUAACUAGUGUCAUACGAACGAGUCAUCUCUCAAACUUACAAAUAACAAACUUCAUAACAAUUUGAUAUGUGGCUCAAAAGUUAUGGAAAGAGGAGAAACUCAAAGACUAUUUAAAACUAUACCUGCUUUGAUCGAUUUACACUACCCGUCAUAAGUUUGGAAUCGCUUUACUGAGUAUUGCAACACCCAGUUUGAAUAUUGCAACACCUCCUGAAAAUAUUAGCAUCACCUGGAAUAGGCUGAUAUCUCGUGUUUUUGACAACCUAGAAAAUUGCGGUUUUCAGCAAACUUGUUCAGAAGGUCAAAGGCUACUGUAUGGUGGCCAAUUCAGUUUGAAAUUUUACCGCUAUGUGGUGCUAGUGGGCACACAAUUUGUCGUAUUUUGAACUUAACUAAUCUCACGAUUCCGACCUGCUAGAAAGUUGCGGUGUUCAGCAAACUUGUUCAGGAUGCUAAAGGCUUCUACAUGGUAGACAAUUCAGUACUAAAUUACCGAACUAUGCGGCGCUAGGGUACGUGUGGUUCUUCGUAUUCAAACUUCAACUUAUCGCACGAAUUUCACUACCCAGAAAGUUGCGAUCUUCGGCUAGUGCCAUUAAUUGUGGUCAAGCACGUCGAUACACAGUAUAACGCCGCAUGUGUGUUCCGAACUGAGGCUAUUUUCAUUAAAAUUCAGUGUCAACGCAAACCAAAAACCCCAGUGUCCUAAUUGAAAUACGACUUCGACAACUUCGACAUUGCGUGUUCGGUCUUCAGCUUGCAGUGAAAAAGAAUACGAAAUGCCCUCCAUGGUGUUCAAAUCCUUCAACAUCGGAUUAGAGGCAAAUCUACUGUAACUGUUUGCAGCCGAAGUAAUCAAUUUAGUCGCGAUAUCGUCAAUUUUCCCCAUUGUAAAACAGGUUGUGCAUGUUGCUGAUCAAACAGUCAACAUACCAACACAGUCGCAUGCUAUACGUUAUAAUCUCCUCAAAUGAAAGCACUUCUUUAGAAUAAACACACAUGAGCACGUAUUGUAUGUGUUGAUUAAAUUGUCAACAUUCAAAUUGGUUUCACUUCGUCAUGUGUAUACAAUCAGUGUAAAUGAUGAGAUUGUUGAGCUAAACUAAGCUCGAAACGCUCAAAACUACAUGCACACUAGCGCUGCGUUGUGGCUGAAUUUCAAACCAUACUCUCCUCCAAUCACAAGCCCUUGACCUCCUGAGCAACUUUGCUGAAGACCACAACUCUCUAGGUUUCCAGAAUCAAGAGAUAGAGUUACAUUAAUCUGCCCAUAUCAAGUGAUGCUAAACUUUUCGAGGUAUUGCAAUAUUCAAACUGGGUGUUGCAAUACUCAGUAAAGCGAUUCCAAACUUAUGACGGGCAGUGUAUGUGGCUCCAACAUAAUUUAAAUGUGGUGUCGUACUAUUUGAACGUUCCAAGUUCAUUGAUUCCUUGCGGUUUGUUUGAAGUCUGCAAAUGCACGACGAAUCGGCCAUAGGAUAUGAUCAAAGUCAAAUAACAAAUCGUUUGAAAUGAUUGGUUUUAUCGAAAUGACGACAUCCUCGUCUUUUGGCUUCUGUACAUCGCCUUAAUUCUGAAUAUAUUCAUAUUGGGUGGUAUUCUGUCAUUAUCAGCAGACUUUCUGGCAUCAAUCUGACACCGGAAAUACCCAUAUUGGGAGAUAUUUUUGGUUGCUUUCCAGAAUUUAAAAUUGGUCGUCUUCAAAUUCAAAAUAGUGUCCAGGGUCAAUAUUUGGUUUCUAUGCACCAUCACGUUUACGGAAAUAUCCAUAUUGAGUAUUAUUCGGUCAUUUCCGGCUGUUACCUAUAAGUUGCUAUUUAGCAAUUCAAAAUGGUGCCUGAGGUCAAUUGUUAGCUCCUUGCAUCAUUCUGGUUCCAGAGAUACUCAUAUUGGAUAGUAUUUGUUCAUUUUAGGCUGUUUUUCACAAACCGGUAGUCGCCAUCUUGGAUUUCAAUAUGGUAUUUAGGAUACUGGUUAAAGAAAAACUCAUAUUGGGUGAUAUUUGGUCACUUUGGACUGUUUUUCAGAAGCCGAAAGUCGUCAUUUUGGACUUUAAAAAUGCCUGUGAAAUCAAUUUCUGUCAUCUGGGCGUAAUUCUGGUUCCAAAAACAUUCAUAUUGAAUGGUAUUUGGUCAUUUCCGGCUGUUUGCCAGACACCGGAAGUCACCAUCUUAAAAUUCAAGAUUGUGUAUGUGAUCAAUUUUUAGCUUCUGUGCAUCUUUCUGGUUCCAGAAAUAUUAAUAUUUAAUGGGAAUCGUCCAUUUCAGGCUGUUUUCCAGAAACCGGAAGUGGCCAUCUUACAAUUCAAAAUGUUGUCUGAAGUCGAUUUGUGGCUCCAGUGCAUAAUUACGGUUCCGGAAAUACCCAUAUUGGGUGGUAUUUGUUCAUUUGCCGCUAUUUUUCCGACACCGGAAGUCGCCAUUUUGGAUUCCAUAAUGGCAUUUGAAGACUAUUUCUGGAUUUUGAACGGCAAACUGGUUAAAGAAAAACUCAUAUUAGGAGGUAUUUGGUCAUUUUCGGCUGUUUUCCAGACACCGGAAGUCGCCAUCUUACAAUUCAAAAUGUUGUCUGAGGUCGAUUUGUGGCUCCAGUGCAUCAUAACAAUUCCGGAAAUACCCAUAUUGGGUGGUAUUUGGUCAUUGGCCGCUGUUUUUCAGACACCGGAAGUCGCCAUCUUAGAUUUCGAGAUGGUAUUUUGAGAUAUGCUAGAAGAAGGAAGGGUGUCGAAACAUUAUGGACAUGUUUCACAUUCACUUGUCAAAUUUGGUUAUAUUUGUUUGAUUGGUUCUCGAGCUGUGCAAAAUUUGAGUUUCAUUUGUAUGGGACCCCUCCCUCAUAGAUGAGGGAGGGGUGUCAAACCAUUAUGGAUAUAUUUGUUACCCCUAAAAACAUUCACCUGCCAAAUUUGGUUCCAUUUAGUUGGUUAGUUCUCGAGAUAGGCAGAAAUUUGUGUUUCAUUUAUAUGGAACCCUUCCCUCACAGAAGAGGGAGGGGAGUCAAACCAUUAUGGACAUAUUUGUUACCUCCUAAAAACAUCCACAUACCAAAUUUGGUUAUAUUUGGUUGAUUGGUUCUCGAGCUGGGCGAAAUUCGUGUUUCAUUUGUAUAGGACCCCUCCCUUGUAGAAGAGGGAGGGGUGUCAAAUCAUUAUGGAUAUAUUUGUUACCCCUAAAAACAUCCACCUACCAAAUUUGGUUCUAUUUGCUUGGUUAGUUCUCGAGAUGUGGAGGAAAUUGUGUUUCAUUUGUGUGGAACCCCUCCCUUCCAGAAGAGGGAGGGGUAUCGAACCAAUAUGGACAUAUUUGUUACUUCUAAAAGAAUCCACCUGCCAAAUUUGGUUCCAUUUGCUUGGUUAGUUUUUGAGAUGUGCAGAAAUUUGUAUUUCGUUUGUAUGGGACCCCUCCCUUCCGGAAGAGGGAGGGGUCUCAAACCAUCAUAGGAAUCUUUCUUGGAUCCUAAAACCCCUACAUACAAAUUUUCACGUCGAUCGGUUAGGUAGUUUCCGAGCCUAUAUGGAUCAGACAGACAGACAGACAGACAGACAGACCGACAGACAGACUGGACUGCAUUUUUAUAGAUAUAGUUUACAACAUCAAUAUUUUAGAACCUAAAGAGUGAAUAUACAUUUAUUGGAUUGAAGCGUUCAUGUAAAUCUAUUUUUACAUUUUAAUUUAAGGAGUAAAUGUAGUAAUGAAGAUAGAAUAUUAAACUAACUGAAAAUACGAUUGUAGAAACUACGAAAAAUAUAGUUCAGCAGGUGGGACUCGAACCCACAACUUCCAAUAUCCGGUCAGAUGUGUUCCCGUUACACCACCGUCGUGGUGGGUUCGAGUCCCACCUGCUGAACUAUAUUUUUCGUAGUUUCUACAAUCAUAUUUUCAGUUAGUUUAAUAUUCUAUCUUCAUUACUACAUUUACUCCUUAAAUUAAAAUUAAAAGUAGCAUGACUUUGCUUAGAGUCGAAAAAAGAAAAGUAAAAAUCUAUUUUUACAAAUAAAAAAUUGAAUGAGACGGACCGCUAGGUGGAUUAACUUAGGUUUUGGUAAUUAUAUUUGGAAGUACAGAAAACAUUACAAACUAAAUUAAGCUUCUUUGGUAAUUCUGAUUCAUUACAUGUUUUUU